AUGACUUCUUGGACAGAUGGAGGGUCAAUCGAGUGGCUGCAGAUUAGUUUUGGAAAGAUAAUGUUGAAAAAGAAAGAAAUCAUCUAUAUAACAGAGGCAAUAAAAAGCAAAAAAUUAGAACUAAGUAACAUAGGAAAUUAGCUAGGUAAAAAAUACAUAUUUGGAGGAGAUAGCCCUAAUUCAGUUUCAAAAUUCACUCCAUUUGAUGAACAAAAAUAUGCAGAGACUAAAUUCUAGAUGCAGAAUGAAUUAUAUCCAUCUAUGUCUAAAAUGGUUAUGAAAUCUAAGUAUAACAAAUAAAGAUUUGUUUCUCCUGUUGGUUAAAGCAUAAGAACGUAUGGAGUUAAGGAAAAAAUGCCAUAUAUGGAUUCCUCAAUUGACCUCACAUAAGAUGACUACAAAAGAGUCGCUUAUCAUCAGAAUCAAGACCAAUUUAAUAUGAAUGAAUUUAGAAUGAAGGUAGCAGAGAGAUCAGGGCGGUACAAGAAUGAUUUAUAAUUUGGAAGCACACUGACAAACCCCACUUAAAAAUUUAAGGUGUCUAAUUCUUUCUAAACUAUUGAAUAAUAACCAAUAGGGGAUAGUGAUAAGAUACUAUAGUAAAAUGGAAUAUAAAGUCUGAAAUCUCACAAAGAUUUGAAUUUGACUUAAAAAAUUGUUAUAGAUAAUGGCUAUAGACAUCCAUACGAAUGGAAUCUUAACAAUCCUACUGGACCCCUUGGUGUGCUACCAGACAAUAAAAAAAUAACUGAGAUCUCAAGAGAUGAAGGACACGCUCUAAGGAAAAAUGCAUCAUAACUUAUGCAGCCUUUUUAUGAUACGAAAGAUAGCCCAACUAGAUAAAAUAAGAGAUAUGACUCAGUUAUUAUUAGCCCAUCUAAUACUAACAGUAUUGCUUAAGACAGUCAAAUAUAUAAUGGCACAUAAUCUUCACAUUUCUAGAAUUUUUCGAGGACUAGACAAGAUAAAAUCAACCAAUACUAGAAAACCCUUGGGAUCAUAGAGGAGCCAUUUAAAGAAGUAAAACUACCCGCAUUAAGUCAUCACAGAUAAUAAUUUUGA